CUGGAGCUUUCUCUGCUCCGGCUCCUCCGCUGUUGCCACAGCUGCCGCCCCACCACAAGCUGUGGCCCACCGCCCAGAUCUUCAGGCCAGGCUAGGGGAGGCCGGGCGGCGUGGUGCUCGAGUCACCACCUCUUCCGCCUCCUCACUCCUCCUCAGGCCGAAGCUUUGUUGCUGGGGGCAACCCCCAUGGCAGGGCAACGGGUGGACAUCGAUGGCGGCAUUAUGGAGGGGGGCGGCCAGAUCCUGCGUGUAUCCACGGCCCUGAGCUGCCUGCUGGGCCUUCCCCUGAGAGUGCAGAAGAUCCGGGCAGGCCGCAGCACUCCCGGCCUCAGGCCUCAACACCUCUCUGGAUUGGAAAUGAUUCGAGAUUUAUGUGAUGGGCAACUAGAAGGGGCAGAAAUCGGCUCAACAGAGAUAACAUUCACACCAGAGAAGAUCAAAGGUGGAACCCACACAGCAGAUACCAAGACAGCUGGGAGCGUGUGCCUGUUGCUGCAGGUUUCGAUGCCCUGUGUUCUUUUUGCUGCUUCUCCAUCGGAGCUCCGUUUGAAAGGUGGCACUAAUGCUGAAAUGGCUCCACAGAUAGAUUACACAUUGAUGGUCUUCAAACCAAUUGUUGAAAAGUUUGGUUUCAAGUUUGACUGUGAUGUUAAAAUGAGGGGCUACUAUCCUAAAGGCGGUGGUGAAGUAAUUGUCCGAAUGUCACCAGUUAAACAGUUGAACCCAAUAAAUUUAACUGAUCGUGGCACGGUGACCAAGAUAUAUGGAAGAACAUUUGUUGCUGGUGUUUUACCAUUUAAAAUAGCAAAAGAUAUGGCAGCAGCAGCAGUGAGAUGCAUCAGAAAGGAAAUCAGGGAUCUGUACGUUAACAUCCAGCCUGUUCAGGAACCUAAAGAACAAGCCUUUGGCAAUGGAAAUGGAAUAAUCAUUGUGGCUGAGACAUCAACAGGCUGCUUGUUUGCUGGAUCAUCACUUGGUAAAAGAGGCAUAUCUGCUGACAAGGUUGGAAUUGAAGCUGCAGAGAUGCUGCUGAGUAAUCUGAGACAUGGAGGAGCUGUGGAUGAGUAUCUGCAGGACCAGCUAAUCAUUUUCAUGGCAUUAGCCAGUGGGGUCUCUAGAGUAAAAACAGGACCAAUUACACUCCAUACACAAACUGCCAUACAUUUUGCUGAACAACUAACAAAGGCCAAAUUUACUGUGAAAAAGUCAGAAGAUGAAGAUGAUUCCUCUAAAGAAACUCACAUUAUUGAGUGCCAAGGAAUUGGGAUGACAAACCCACACUUUUAGGGUGUUUGCCUUUUUUAUGAUACCUCAAUGAUGGAUUGCACUAACUUUCAGUCGAUAAAUAGUACAUGAUGGUGAAUGGGGAGUAAUUUAUCAAAUGAAUGAGCUUAAUUUUAGAGAUGAAGUGCAGAGUGUUCUUGGUUUGUUUAGAAAGAGCUUCACCUGAUAAAUCUUUCCAUGCAUGUUUACUGAGAUGUGUAUAAUGAAUUGUUAAAAUUCAAGGACAAAUGCUUGAGACUGGAAAGCUAAUUUCUUUAUAAACAUCUUGAAGACUGCCUUUCACCAAAAAGAGAUGUGCUUGUGAAAUGGUUCCAUUCAAAUGCUAUAAACUUGUAGCCACAGGGAUGUGUCCUUAAUUAACUUGUAUCUAAUCUCUGUAUCCACUUUGCUGAAAUCUGAUCUAAAAAAUACUAAUAAAGCAAUUCUA